GUUUACGAAAACUGAUGUAUUUUUCACAGAUCUGAUUGAAACACGUGCCAAUGAAGUAUGAUGUAUAGAUUGGCUUUAUGUGCUCUAGUUCCAACGGCAAGAAUGUGAAGAAGUCACGUAGAUCGCGCUUUUUGUCAUAGAGACGGUUUACACGUGGCCACGCAACGAGUAAACAUGGUUUGACAUGGUUUUGGACAUAUUUGCUGUUGGCUGUUAUUUACUGAACUGUUCAGUUACGGAACUUCUCAAAAUGACAUCUAACCACUCCAUGAUGAAUGAGCAUAAAUUUCUGACACCUCUUGUACGACGUUGAUCGUGGGUUCAGCAGCUCGAAAACUGAAUUGGGAUUAAUCAUUGAUUACAUGGCGGCCACUAUCACCAUCGAACUAUUUAGCUAUUACAAUACCGUAACUAUGGGUAUGUUCUACUUUUCAUAUUAUUUCAGUCCUUAAUAUAUCUUCGGAUAACCCCUAACUGCUUGGCUUCAAGAUGGUUAAGGGGGACAGGAAAACUUGGAAGGCUAACUAUUUCCUGAAGUUAGUCCAGCUUAUAGAUGAAUACCCAAAAUGCUUCAUCGUCGGAGUUGACAAUGUCGGAUCGAAGCAGAUGCAGCAGAUUCGUGUCUCCCUAAGGGACACCGCCGUGCUCCUUAUGGGAAAAAAUACCAUGAUGCGAAAGGCCAUCAAGGGGCACAUCGAGAACAAUCCGACCCUUGAAAAGCUGUUGCCUAAUAUCAAGGGUAAUGUAGGCUUCGUGUUUACCAAAGAGGAUCUGUGCGAAGUUCGUGAGAAAAUCAUGAACAAUAAGGUUCAGGCCCCUGCUCGUGCUGGAGCUAUUGCCCCCGUCAAUGUACACGUGCCUGCACAGAACACGGGUCUGGGUCCUGAGAAGACUUCUUUCUUCCAGGCCUUGCACAUACCUACGAAAAUCUCAAAAGGAACGAUUGAAAUCAUCAAUGACAUCCAUCUGAUUAAGGUCGGCGAUAAAGUUGGUGCUUCCGAGGCCACCCUUCUCAAUAUGCUAAACAUCUCGCCUUUUUCUUACGGUCUCGUAAUCCAGGCUGUCCAUGACAAUGGUACCAUAUUUGCCCCCGAGAUUCUAGACAUCACUCCUGAGGACCUGAGGGCACGCUUCAUGCACGGUGUCCGCAACGUGGCUGCCGUAUCGCUCAAGAUAGGUUAUCCGACCCUCGCUUCGGCCCCGCACUCCAUCGUGAAUGGACUCAAAAACCUAAUCUCUAUUGCUCUGGCUACCGACAUCGAAUUUGAGGAGGCAAAAAUGGCGAAAGAGUUCAUCAAAGAUCCAGCAAAAUUCGCGGCAACUGCUGCCCCGGCAGCUGUAGCUGGCGAAGCCUCUGCCAAGGAGGCCAAAAAAGAAGAGAAGGAACAAGAGUCCGAAGACGAGGAUGAAGAUAUGGGCUUCGGUCUGUUCGAUUAAGCGGUGCAGGCCCCCUGUGACGACGAAAAGCAUCCUUGUUGUACUGUAAAAUCUAAUGGCGCUGAAGUUUCGGCGGAAACCUCGGCUGCCUCACGAUCAGUUUGGCAAGUAAAUCAAGAACAGGAGUCAGUGAUAUUGUCAAUAAAUGAUGAUAAAACUAAUCCUAA